AUGGGAUUUUUAGUGGGCUACGUCUUGGGCUUUGUGUUAGGCUUCGGCUUGAUCGUUGGCUUCGCUCGUUACCAGAACAGCAGAUCCAAAAGACGAACCGAAUUGUUGAAUUGGCUUAACCAUCACAUUGAUAAGAUAUGGCCCUAUGUUGAUGAGGCAGCUUCAGAGAUAAUAAGGAACUCGGUGGAGCCGAUUCUCGAGCAAUAUAGGCCGGCAAUUUUGGCUUCUCUCAAGUUUUCUAAGCUGACUCUAGGGACUGUGGCACCACAGUUCACAGGAGUUUCUAUCCUUGAAGGGGACCCUAACGAGAUAAUUGUGGAAUUGGACUUGCAGUGGGACGGUAAUCCGAACAUCGUACUCGAUAUUAAGACUAGAGUUGGUGUAGCUCUACCUAUACAGCGGAAUCUCGAUUUUACCCUCAAAGUGAUUGGUGGCGAUAUAUCGGCCAUUCCAGGGAUAUCAGAUGCCCUUGAGGAUACUAUACGCGACGCUGUCGAAGAUUCUAUAACAUGGCCAAUACGUAAAAUCGUACCCAUAAUACCGGGAGAUUAUAGUUACUUGGAGGUAAAGCCUGUCGGGAUCUUGGAAGUAAAGCUCAUAGAAGCCAAGGAAUUAACAAACAAAGACAUAAUCGGCAAAUCCGAUCCGUUCGCAAAGAUAUACAUCCGCCCUUUACGCGACCUAACAAAAACCAGCAAAACAAUCGAUAAUCAAAUAAACCCAAUCUGGAACGAACACUUCGAAUUUGAGGUCGAGGAUUUGUCCACUCAAAACGUGACGGUCAAAGUUUAUGACGACGAAGGAGUUCAAGCUGCCGAAUUAAUCGGUUGUGCUCAAGUCCCAUUGCGUAAUCUCGAGCCCGGAAAAGUCAAAGACGUGUGGCUAAAGCUGGUGCAUUUGGAGCUGUUAUACUGUCCUUUGAACUCGGAGAGCAAAUUCAAGAACCCGUUUGACCCGGAUUUCAGGUUGACUUCUCUCGAGAAGGCUCUCAAACAAGUGACUGAAGAUGGGGUGGAUAAUCCUUGCCCGGACCUCCCGAAAUCUAAUUCCAUGAGAAGUGACGUUAUUACGCGAGGGGUACUUUCGGUAACUGUAGUGUCGGGUGAAGAUUUGCCAGCCACGGAUUUCAUGGGGAAAUCGGACCCUUUUGUGGUGCUCCUGAUGAAAAAGGCGGGCCAGAAGAACAAGACUCGGGAUAAGAUGGGAAGGUGCACCAUGACGUUAACGAGGGCUAUAGUCGAAGGCGAAUUUACAGACACUUUUCCGAUUGAUGGUGCAAAAUCUGGGAAGCUCACUUUGCAUCUCAAGUGGACUUCACAAAGUAUCAUCAAGGAAUGA